CUCUUCUUCUUUCAGCACUGGCUCCCAAGAAGCCCCUGGAAACUGGGGGCUCCUGGACCAAGUAGCAGCCCUCCAGUGGGUUCAGGAAAACAUCGAGGCUUUCGGAGGAGACCCCUCCUGCGUGACCAUAUUUGGAGAGUCUUCCGGAGGAUUCAGCGUAGGGGCUCAGAUUCUAUCUCCUUUGUCCAAGGGUUUGUUUCACAGAGCGAUCUCUGAGAGUGGAAGUGUCCAGUUACCCGGCUUCUUCAUCCAGCAUCCAGAAAUCCUUGCUCAAAAAGUGGCAUCUGCUGCCAACUGUGAUCCUACUAGUCCUGCCAUGCUGCUCUGCUUACGGAACAAGACGGAAGGAGAACUACAGUCACUGGUUUCCAGGUUGCCCCCGGAACUUCACAUUAUUCCUGCAGUUGUUGAUGGAGAAUUCAUUCUAAAAGCACCAGAGGAACUGUUGGUCUCCAGGGAGCUUCAUGCCGUCCCAUAUUUAAUUGGGGUGAAUAAUAAUGAAUAUGGAUGGCUUAUCCACAGAUUGGCAAAAAAUUCUUCAGAUAUAGAUGGCAUGGAUCGGGAAAGGAUUGCAGCAGAGAUGCAGCCGCUCACCUCUAUCUGGAAUUACCCUCCUGAGAUUAUGCAGAUGAUAUUAGAUAAGUAUUUGGAAGCCACUGAAGACCCUAUAGAGUUACGCAGUCAGUUUCAAAAAAUGAUGGAAGAUGCCAUCUUUGUCAUGCCUUCUCUUCAAACAGCAAGAUACCACAGAGAUUCCGCUGCUCCGGUCUACUUUUAUGAGUUCCAGCAUCGCCCCACAGCAUUCAGAGACAGGAAGCCAGAUUUUGUAAAGGCAGACCAUGGCGAUGAACUCGGCUUUGUAUUUGGGGGGCCAUUCCUGAGAAGCAACUCAAUCACAUUAAGUGAAGCUACAGAGGAGGAAAAACGGCUUAGCAGAACAAUCAUGAAAUACUGGAGCAACUUUGCCCGUAACGGGAACCCAAACGGCGAAGGUCUGGUGGAAUGGCCACAGUAUGGUCUGCAUGAAGAGUAUCUCGAAUUAAACUUGGAACAAAGGAAAUCAGAGAAACUGAGAAACAGCUAUGUGGACUUUUGGUUAAAGACCCUGCCUGAAAAAAUGAAAACAAUAAUUGAAGAAGAGAAAACACACCCAGAGCUGUAAAAUUUUUGAGAUGUGUACAGCACCAGUCUUGUCUGGACUGAAUAGUACAGCUUAUUAAACAAAAAUUGUUCACACAGUC